AACUUAAAAUACCGGGAAAGGAGAUGAUAUUAUUCCACUUGUCGGUGACCAAAGUAACCACCUUAUUACCAACAAAAUCGGACACACUUCCGAUCCGAUGAGCUCAGAUCCAGCUUAAACGAGCAUUUGCUUUGCUACAUUUUGUAAAAUCCACUCAAACUCCAUAGAUUUCUUCUUUAUGAGAGCACUCGUACAGUCUCCUGAAUCCUAGAAUUACUUUCUCUUUCUGUAUAUGGUAGAUCUGGACCUUGAAGAUUGUUCUCUGUAGGUGUUGAGUGAUCAGCUGUUGAUACGAAGCUCGCAUUGCCUAAAAUGGGAGAGAAAUCGAAGUCCAGGGGGUUCUGUGGAUGGUUUAUUGUGGCUGUAGUAUUGGCAUUGGUUGUGGUUGCCGUCGUUUACACUGUUAAAAAGAAAACUGGUAAAUCCGAUGACGCUUCUCCUGUUCCAGGGCCUCCUGGCGCCGUCGAUAAGAAGUACGCUGAUGCUCUUAAAGUUGCUAUGCAAUUCUUCGAUGUGCAAAAGUCUGGUAAGUUGGAGGAUAACAAGAUAUCUUGGAGAGGGAAUUCGGCUCUUAAAGAUGGGAGUGAAGCGAAAUUGGACCUUUCGAAAGGAAUGUAUGAUGCAGGAGAUCAUAUGAAGUUUGGUUUCCCAAUGGCUUUUACUGCCACAGUGUUAUCCUGGGCCAUCCUUGAGUAUGGGGAUCAGAUGGAUGCUGUUAAUCAGUUGGAACCCGCUCAAGAUUCGCUCAAGUGGAUCACUGACUACCUCAUCAAUGCUCAUGCUGCGGAAAAUGUGCUCUAUAUUCAGGUUGGUGACCCUAAGACAGACCAUGGUUGUUGGGACAGGCCUGAGGUCAUGACUGAGAAGAGGCCUCUCAUUCAGGUGAAUACAUCUUUUCCAGGAACAGAGGUUGCAGCUGAAACUGCAGCAGCUAUGGCUUCAGCAUCACUGGUGUUCAAGAAAAGUGACCCCACAUAUUCAAGCACGCUGCUUAAGCAUGCUGAAGAAUUAUUUAGUUUUGCUGAUAAACAUAGAGGCUCCUACAGCGAGAGCAUCCCUGACGUUCAGAACUAUUACAAUUCAACAGGAUAUGGUGAUGAGCUCCUGUGGGCAGCUAGCUGGCUCUACCAUGCUACAGGGGAUAAAUCAUAUCUUCAAUAUGUGACUGGGCAAAAUGGAAAAUCCUUUGCAAACUGGGGAAGUCCAACCUGGUUUUGCUGGGACAAUAAACUAGCAGGAACCCAGGUUCUACUGUCCAGAUUAACCUUCUUUGGUGAGCAAGAUUCUUCAAACUCAGGUCUUCAAAUGUACAGGACAACAGCUGAAGCUGUGAUGUGUGGCCUUAUACCGAAUUCUCCAACUGCCACAACUAGUAGAACUGUCGGUGGCCUUGUAUUGGUCAGUGAUUGGAAUGGUCUGCAACAUCCUGUUGCUUCUGCAUUUUUAGCUACUCUUUAUAGUGACUACAUGCUUACUUCAAGGACUGCAAAGCUAUCAUGCAAUGGAAAAUCAUACAAACCAUCAGAUCUUCGGAAAUUUGCCAGGUCCCAGGCUGAUUAUGUCUUGGGCAACAAUGCUCUGAAAAUGAGCUUUCUUGUUGGAUAUGGUGACAAGUUUCCACAAUACGUGCACCAUAGGGGAGCUUCAAUCCCAGUUGAUGCAACAACUGGCUGCAAGGAUGGCUGGAAAUGGCUUGAUUCAGAAGAGCCCAAUCCCAACAUAGCCGUUGGAGGGCUUGUGGGUGGGCCUUUCCGAAAUGAAACAUAUGAUGAUUCUCGGAACAACACAAUGCAAGGGGAACCAAGCACAUAUAACAGUGCAGUAAUCGUUGGGCUUCUCUCUGGUCUCGUCACCACCUCUUCAGUAGUUCAAUCCUUCACUUAAAUCAACCUGGGUACAUAUCUAGUCCCACUUUGUUUGUAUUAUAUGUAGCUUUACUUGUUAGGUUAUUUGUUUCCCUAUAUAUGGUGUUCUAAAAUAGUUUGUUUUAUAUUUGUGAAACCUGAGCUAGGGUUCUUGUGCAAGGAGCAAUUUUCUUCUCUUUUUUUGUACUUGGAGGAAUAACUCUAAAUACGAAUGCUUGUUCUUGUUCUUCAA